UUGGUGGUUGGCGUCACUAUAAUAAUAAUGAAUGCUCAUAAUUUUUUGAUUUACAAAUUUAAUUGUUUUGAAAACUUAUAUGAAUUUUGAUUUAGGUUUUAUAAUGCGCUUAUAUUGCAUACAGGAAAUUAAUAAUAAACAAUAUGUUAUAGUAAAGGUUUGGAGUAACGAUUAAGAGCAAACAUAAUAUAUCUUUUCAUCAUAUUCCCAUGAGCUAGCAAGAUCUUUGGAAUUGCGUCAUUAUUUGUUUUCAAAUAAAUCAAAUUCACUUUUGCAGUGUUAAAAAUGACAGUUAGGUAAAAUAGUGUGUUACUGUCCGGCCUGUGUAGCUUAGUCGGAUGCACACCUGCCUGCUAUGCGAGGGGCCCUGUGUUCGAGUCCCGUUCAAGGCACUGGUGUAACAUACACAUACUAAUAUUUGAUUACGAUUUGAUAACCUAGUUUGAACAAUGACAUAUUGACAGUUCGUCUGUUGGUGACAAGCUGUAGACCACUUAGCAAAGAAAAUAUAUAAAAGUUCUGAAGCAGUCGUGUUGAUUAAUGUGCGAGCAGUCGAACUUGCAUCCAAUGGAAUCAGAUGUCAUUACCCUGAUUAAAUUUUCUGUGCCUCUAGAGUUCCCCCAGCAGGGAAUAGUAGCUACAAGGUCGGUUAAUUUCAAACAUCUUUGUAUAUCAGAGAGUGAAAGUCAUCGUAGUACUCUUUAUUCUUUACAAAAUAGUCAAGAUUAUGUGACAAACGCAACUGUUAAAUGGAAGUCUGCGCAAAAUGUUUGCAGCGCCACAUUCUCGGAGGACGGAGCCUUCGUCCUGCUGGUUCUGGACUCGGACGUCCUCCAGGUGCUGCGUCUGAGCGAUGACGAGGUGACCUCCGUCUGGGAAACGAGCGUCGGCCAUCUCGAGCAACUGCUGCGUGGAAAUGAAACUGGGACGCCAGCGAUGGGCGCAGGCCCCCCGCCGGAGCCGGUGGGGUUCACGUCCUCCCGAGUCACCCUGUCGGUGCGCGGCCGGUGGCUGGCGCGCUUCCACUGGUCGGGGGCCGCCGGGCCGCGGCUCGAGGCUUCCGCGGAGGUGCCCCACUGCACGUGCUUCGCCGCCUCCAAGGACGCCGUCUUCUGCCUGACCGCGGGCGGCAACGUCCUGGCCUUCUCGGCGGAGCGCCUGCGACCACUGGGCUCGGUGAACCUGUUCUCGCUGUGGCCCGCGGGCGGGGCGGAGCCCCCGGGCUGCUUCCGGCAGCUGGCCGUGUCCGGAGACGGGAGGACUCUCGCCGUGGCCGACAGCGAGGGCCGGGUGCUCGUGGGGGACGUGGCUGGGGCGUUCUGCCCCCCGGACAAUUCCUCGGCCAGCGCUGCCGACUGGGACUGCGGCCUCAGCAUCGCGUCGGGGAGCUCGUCUGCAUCCGUCGCCUCCGACAGAAGUGCGGCCAGCCGGGCGUCUGCUGCGAGGCCGGAUGGCUCUCAGCUGAAGCGGCCCGGCAAGAAGCAGAGGUCGAGACCGUCGUAUCUGCCCGCCUGGAACGCCUAUCUGGCGUCUCUUCAGAAAUGGAGGCGGCGCGGCGGGAAGUCCCGCGCUGGCGGCCGGCUGAGCGUGCUGGACCGCGCCCAGCCCGGCACGAGCGUGCUGGGCCUGCGCGUCGGCGCCGCCGAGCUGGCGGCGUGGUUCUCCGGCCCGGCGGGGGGAGUGCACCGGGCGUACGAGGCGGGAACGGGCCAACUGCUGGCCGGCUGCCCCGUGCCGGCCGGCUGCGCCCUGGUGCGUGGCGGGCCCGGCGCGGCGGACGCCUUCCUGUCGCCCGACCGGCUGUGGCUGCCCCUCGGCGGGGUGUCCCGCGAGGCGCUGCUUGCCAAGCUGCUGCACUGCACGGAGGCCGACGCGGCGGGGCGGCUGCUGCAGGGGCAGGAGUGGGGGGACCUGGCCGUGCCAGUCGCCGCGCUGGAGGAGGGCCUGCGCCACCGCCACAUGCAUGUGGCGCGCUUCGCCGUCGCCCUGCACGCCCAGGCCUUCAAGAGCGCGCUGAAACGGGAAGGCAGCGGCCUGGCCGGGGAGGAGAAGGAGGAGGAGGCCGCCGUGUUGGCGCGCCUGGACGAGCUGUUCCGCGCCAUCGGCCGCCACGUGCCGGCCGACGAGCGGACGACGGCCUUCUCGGAGCAGCUGGCGCUGCUGGCGCUGGGCCACGCCAACACGGUGCUGGAGCUGGCGCGGGACGGCGGGCCGAGCCGCCUGGGCGCGGCCGUGGCGCGGGCGGUCAUGGCGCACGUGGUGCGGCUGCGCGGGCACCUGCACGGGCGGGCGGCGGUGACGAGGGAGCUGCCCCCCGCCGGCGAGGGCGAGUGCGACUGGGGCGCCUGGCCGGGCGCGGGGGACGCCGACGUGGUCCGCGCGGCAGUCUCCGGCAGCGACGUGCCGCGCCUGAUGGCGUUCCUUGUGGCGCGGCGGGGCCUCGCGCCCCGCGCGGCGCGGGAGCUGACGAGGCGGGAGGUGGACAGCUGGGUGCUGGAACUACUGGCCGAGGAACGAGUGGAUGAAGCUCGGGAGAGACUCGCCAGCCUCUGCCGCGACCCAGAUGAGGAGCUGCGAGAGAUCUGCCUCACCUCCCGGAACAGCCCCUUGCGCGAUUACCUCGCGGGACACCUGCUCUCCCGGAGACUCCUCUCGGAGGCGGAGGUGACGGCCUGGGGCUUCCUGCGGCGGCUCGAGGCGGUUCUGCUGCGACACGACACUGCUCCCAGCAGCUCUUCCCCGCCGGCCGGCGCUCACCCCGGCAGCCUGGCGAUACGGACGGUCGUGCGGCAGUCCGAGGACUGGAGGAGGGACGUGCUCACCGUCCUGUUCUUCAACACCCUGGACGACUCCCUGCUGGACUCGGUGGACGGCGAGCGUGCCUGGGCGUGCCUGCUGCGCCACAACUGCGUGCCCCUGCUGCUGGGCUGGGCCGCCGCGUGGCUGGGCCAGCCGGGGCCCCCGGGCCCCGCGCUGGCCGCCGCCCUCCGCCGCUGGCCGCUCACGGGGGAGAUGGUGGACGCCGUCGGAUCCGGCCUCUGCACGGCCGCCACCAGGGACGCGGUUCUCGACCACCUCGCGAGGCAGGGCGUGUUCACGGACGCGGAGAGGCGCAGCGUGUGCUCGGUGCUGACGCGGCUGGCGCGGUGCGGGAGGCUCCGGGAUGUGAGGGCCGUGCUGGCCUCCCCCCACUCCUCCCUCGGCCUCGGGGAGCUGGAGGCUCGGCUGGCGCAGUUCUGCGCCGAGCGCCGCCUGCACCACGUGGUGUCCUCCUGCCUGCGCGAGGGCGGCGCGGGGCGGGCGGUGCAGGGGGCGGGCCAGGCCUGGUGGUCGCUGUGGCGGGAGUCGCUCCGGGGCGCCGGCCCGGGGCUGGUGGAGGCCGCGACGAGCUACCUGGGCGGGGAGCCCGGCCCUCUGGUCGCCGUGGCCGGCGCGCUGUAUGCCGGGCUGCCCCUGGAGCAGGUCCCGGGGGCCAGGGACGUGCCCCUGCUCGACGCUAUCCUGGCGCCGCCGUCGGGCCGUGACCCCCCGGGGCGGGACGUCGACCUGUACCGGCUCCUGCGCUCCUUCUGCCCCUUCGACGCGUCGCGGCUCUUCACCUGGCAGGCCGUGCACACGCCCAGCAACGGCGUGGACGAGCCGCCACACUUCUCGGACCCGGGGUUGGUCUCCAAGCACGGCUACAAGGACACCCUCAGCUUCCUGCACUACCUGAAGCAGGGCCGGCCCAGCUUCGCCGCCAGCAUGUUCGUUGCGGAGCAGUUGAAGACCCACGGCAAGCUGAACAAGAAGGCGGUGGCGGCGUGCUGCGGCCUGGCGCACGGCCUGGCGCUGCAGCACCUGCACGAGCGCCACGUGGGCGCCGCCUGCACGGCGUUCUCCGAGAUGCUGGGGCGCUGCUCCCAGCCGGCGCGGGUGCACCUGGCGGCGGCCGGCGCCGUGCUGCGCCACCUGGACCGCGCCGGCUGCGGCGACGCCCUCGCCCACCGCCAGCAGCUCGGCGUGGUUUUGCGCGGCGUGGUGCAAAGCAACGCCGCGGUGUGCGCGGAGUUCCUGCGCCUGCUGGAGACGGCGCUGCAGGAGGGGGCUGACGACAACGAUGACGCGGGGGUCGCGGCCGCGCUGCUCCGCUGGCAGCCGGCCCUGCAGUUCGCCAGCCUGCACCGCCUGCGGCCGCCGCAGCUGUUCCUGGAGCGCUGUGCGGCUCGCGACCGGUGGCUGCCCUUCGUGCUGUUCGCGCACGUCUUCAACUACCCCGCCGCCCAGGUGCUGGAGCUGACGCGGUUGUUCUCGUCGCCGGGGCUGCGAGAGCACCUGGGACUUGCUCUGCGCCUGGGCGACCGCCGCCGGCCCCGGGAGACGCCCCCGGGCCGGCCCCGCCUGCGCCGGCCCGACUCGCACCGUGCCUACUACGGCAGGAUCGGCAUCCACAGGGCGGCGGAGCGGAGCGGGGCAGACAGCUCCCCGCAGCUCAGCAGCAGCUCGGGCGAGGACCCGGGCGCCGGCGGGGCGGAGGAGGGGAAGCCCGGGUGCCUGGCCGAGCCCGCCGAGGGGGGAGACAUGUUCCUGACCCUGCAGCGCUGCCACGGCGCGGCGGACCCCUGCGGCGCCCUGCUGACGGCCGCGUGCGACGCGCGCAACCCCGUCUACGCCGUGCUCGCCUGCUGCUACCAGCCGUCGGCGCUGGCGGCGUGCCUGUGCACCUGGGUGGGCGUGUCCAUCGGCCGGGGGCAGCGCCCGGGCGCCUGGACCCCAGACGCCGCCGCCCGGCUGGCCGAGGAGGCGGUGUGCGCGGGGCACGUGGGCACGCUCGCGCGCGGCUGGGACCUGUUCCUGCCGGACAGCCCCUUGUGCCCGUUCCUGACCUUCCUGCGCGACUGCGCGGUGCUGCGGGACUUUGACGAGGCCGUCAUCGGCCUGAAGCUCUUCAAGGCGGCGUGCAUGAACCUGCGCAACUCCGCCCCGGUCGCGACGGGGGAGGAGGGGGAGGCAGAGGGAGCGUUCGUGCACGACAGCGCGUGGAUCGCGGGCACGGCGGUGCGGCUGGCCAACGCCGCGCUGGACAGCUGCUUCCCGUCCGCGGCCCACCAGCGCCUCUUCCUGCACACCCUGUGCCGCGCCUCCUUCACCGAGCACCUGCCAGUUGAGGCCCCGGAUUACAACCACCUGUGGCGGGUGGCCGACUGCCUGGCGGGCAGCGGCGUGCGAGUGAGCUGGACGCGGCUCCUGGCACGGCCCUCCGAGGAGCUGCAGGCGUGCCUCGACGGGCUGCUGGCCGCUGGCCGCUUCUCCCACGCGCUGCGCCUGGCCGAGGUGGCCCGCCUGCCGUGCCACCGCGUUCUCACCGUGCAGUGGUUGUCCAGGCUGGACGGGCUUCUCGAAGCAGGGGAGCAGUUCUCCGGCCCGAACGACACCUUCUUGGCAGACUGCGAGGAGGAGUUCCGGCGAUUUGACGUCGACCCGAGAGCGGCAGCCGACUUCUUCAGGCUGUGCGCCGGCAAAGUGGGGUCUCCGAAAGAGAGGUACUGCCUGCUGGUGCACGCCCUGGCGUGGCUGAGGAGAGGAGCGUGCGGGCAGGCGUGCUGCGCGGAGGAGGACCAGUUGGAGCUGGACUUGUGGAUGUGCUGGCUGGCGGGGGACGACACCUCGCUGGGAGUCUCGGAGAGCCGCGCCGUGCUGCGCAGCUCCUCCGGCCAGCUGCUGGAGGCACGGCUGGCGGUGCAGGGCCGGCUGGCUGGCGAGCGGGAGGCGCGCCGGCUGGAGCUGCUGACGGGACUGCUGCUGGAGCGGGGCGACGUGGCCACCGUCGUCCGCCUGGAGGCCAUGUUCCAGCACUCCUGCCAGGAGCUGGGGCUGCUGCUGACGAGCCUCCGGCUGGCCGAGGGCGCGACCUCCCCCUACGAGCUGUCCCCUGAGCUGAGGCUCCUGCUGGCGGAGAGGACGGGCGGCUACCACCACCGCACCCUGCGGCUGUCCUCCGUCAGCUCCAGGUCCGAAGGCUCAUCGCAGCCGGGGGCGGCGCCCGGGGGGGAGGGAGGGGCGGACGCGGACCCCGGACUCACCCAGGAGCAGCUCGACACUGCCGCCGUGCUGGAGCGGCUGGCCGGGCUCAUGACGCACGCCGCCGCGCUGGGCCGCCGCGUCGCCACCUGCUACCGCGUCGCCGCCGCGCUCCACAUGCCCUUCAAGAGCGUGCUGGCGAUGGAGGAACCGCUGGGCCUGCUGCGCACGGACUGCUUCGGGGAGCGGCAUGACGCGCUGACGGUGGCGAGCGCGCUGAUCCGCGCCGAGGGAGCCGGCGCGGAGGAAGUGGCGGACCUGCUGUGCCAGCAGAUAGUGGAGGCCGUGCGCCGUGCCGCCUCGCAAGGGGAGGCGGUGCCGUGCAUGGUGUGGGGCUGCGACCUGGACGGCAGCUGCCACUUGCUCCUGGAGCUGUGCCCCGACGCGGCGCCGCUGGGCCACCGCCUGCUGUCGGCCGCCGCGCAGGUCCCGGGCUCCUCCUCCGACGCGCUCCGCCAAGUGGUGGAGCUGGUGGUGCACGCGCACGACUGCUUCUCGGCAGCGUGCAGCAUGGAGGGCAUCGUUGGCGUGCUGCGCAGGGCACGGAUCAUCUCGCGCAGCCUCCUGAGGCGGGAGGAGUGGGGCCUCAUGGUGCGUCUGCUGACCGGAGUCCGGCGGUUCACGGAAAUGAGCUACAUCUUCCAGAUGCUGAAGAAGAACGACCGGUUUGAGUUCCUGCUGGGGAAAGGCAUGGACAAGGUGCCGGGCCUGAAGACGGCGGCGCUGGACUUCCUGGAGCGGCACCACGGGGAGGACCGGGACACGGCCCGCCUGGUGGCGCUGCACUUCCAGCUGCACGGGCGCGCGGGGGAGCAGAGCCUGCGCGACGGGGAGGGGCGCCUGGCCGCGCUGCCCGCCCCGCCCCGCCACUGCGCCGAGACGCGGCAAGCCCUCGCCGCCGCCGCGCUCGACUUCUCCCAGGCCGCCCGGCACCUGCUGCAGGCGGAGAAGCUGAACGCGGCGAUGGGCGCGGCGCACCGCGCGGAGCUGGUGGCGCUGCAGCUGUCCCUGCUGGGGGGCGUGCCCCCGGGGCAGGCGGCCACGGGCGUGCUGGGCCUGGCCCCCGACCAGGUGUCCCGCCUCGUCACGCACACCCUCAGCUUCCCGCAGGCGCGCAUAGUGGCGCGGGCGUACGGGCACCCGGUGGACUGGGGCGCGGCCCUGUUCCAGCAGUUCGUGCUGCACGGCCGCACGGACUACCUGCAGGACCUGAGCCACGCCGUGCGGCUCGGCCCGGCCCUCGUGGACGACGUCGCUCGCAGGUUCCAGAGGGAGGCGGCGGUCCCGGGGGACGCGGUGGCCCGCAUGAAGAGGCUGGUGGCCGGCGUGGCAGACGUGGAGGUGCGGUAUCGCCUGGCCAGCCAGCUCGGGUUCCGCGACGUCGUGGAGUCCUUGCUCGCCAGCUCGUCCCUGGACUACCUCAAGGACACCGUGUGGCGCAGCGGCUACCACCGGUGACACGCCCGCUCCGUCCUUGCUGGAGGCACCCGGUGGACAGAGCCUCGCGAAAAACCAAGUCAAACGGGAUGUUUUUGUGAUAUUAAACUCUUUCCUCCACAACACACAUGUGCCUUGCAUGUGAAUAAGAACUGACAAUAAAAGCACAGAUUACGUCUGUGGUGAUUUAAGAUAGGCUUAUGUUCGCUAAAAGAAAUGAGAAAAGGUGACCAAGGUAUUUUUUUUUCCCCGACACAUUAGCUCAAAUUAAUUUUAAUUUCUUAUUCGUACCAAUUCAAAGUGUUAAAAAAAAAAUGUUAUAUAUAAUUAAACUGGGAAUAGAUUUGGGUGUAUUCAGUUAGACUUCACUUUAAAAUUAAAAAUCCAGUCAUCCACCAAUACCAAAUGAAAUGGGGUUGUCUGGGAAAAACAUUGGUUCCUGAUUGCAAUGCCCUUUCCUUCAUGAGCUGCUGAACCCGCUACCGGCGUCCGCUCUCUCUCUCUCUCUCUCUCUGACCAUGCCCGCUACGCUCCUCGAGAAGAUUCUUAGUCCGCCACACCUUUGAAACACAGCGAAGCAUCCUCACGAGUUCCUGUUCCAUGUUUGUCCUGCGUGAUCAGCUUCAUUAUUUGUGUAACGUGUUCAUCAACAGAUGGGUUAGCUAAUAGGAAUUACUUGUGUUGAUUUGAUAGUCAUUAUCAAACUGCUGCUGAUUUAGCUUCAUCCAUUGAGCAUAACUUCAGUUUAUUUGUAUACUGUAUGUAUAAUGUAUAUCUGUUUACUGCAUCGGUAGAGUUUAUUAUAUUAUGUACCGGUUGGGUAAUGUAAAGUGAAUGUUAUUUGAAAUAAAUGAAUGCUAAG